UCAACUUCGUGUACACCCCUGUCUGUACAGUGUAAACAACACUAAAAACUAAAAUUAUGAUAAACAGUCUAUUCAUAAUCAACAGUAGUGGAGAUGUGUUUAUGGAAAAGCACUGGAAAAGUGUCAUUCACAAAUCAAUUUGUGACUACUUUUUCGAGGAACAAGGAAAGGCAGGGAGUCCCGAGGAUGUCCCCCCUGUGAUAGCCACGCCCCACCACUACCUCCUCAACAUCUAUAGAAACCAGCUGUACUUUGUAGCUGUAGUCACAACAGAAGUACCUCCCCUCUUUGUUAUUGAGUUCCUACACAGAAUUUUCGACACAUUUGAGGAUUACUUCACAGAAUGCUCUGAGACAACACUGAAAGAACAUUUUGUUAUUGUAUAUGAGCUGCUGGAUGAGAUGUUGGACAAUGGAUUCCCUCUGGCAGUGGAGUCUAACAUUCUGAAGGAACUGAUUCGGCCUCCAAACUUCUUACGAACCAUCACAGACACAGUCACUGGCAAAAACACAGGAGUCAGUGCCACUCUCCCGACCGGUCAGCUGUCUAAUGUACCCUGGAGGAGGACCGGCGUGAAGUACACAAACAACGAAGCCUACUUUGAUGUUAUAGAGGAAAUCGAUGCCAUCAUAGACAAACAAGGGAACACAGUCAUAGCGGAGGUCCAGGGAUAUAUAGAUUGUCUGAUUAAGCUGAGUGGGAUGCCAGAUUUGACCUUGUCCUUCAUUAACCCCCGUCUCCUGGACGACAUCAGCUUUCAUCCAUGUGUGCGGUAUAAACGAUGGGAGAGUGAAAAGGUUUUGUCAUUUGUCCCCCCUGAUGGAAACUUUAGGUUGAUCUCGUACCAUAUAGGAGCCAAUAAUAUGGUAGCUGUACCUCUAUACAUCAGACACAACAUUCAAUACAGAGAGGGCAGUGGGGGGAGGUUUGAGGUCACCAUAGGACCCAAACAAACCAUGGGCAAAGUGGUGGAGAACAUAUCCUUGGAGGUUCCUUUCCCCAAGUCUGUACUGAAUCUCACCUUGACCCCCUCACAGGGAAAAUACACUUUCGAUCCUGUUGGCAAAAUACUAACCUGGGAUGUAGGUCGGAUGGAUCCUACCAAACUCCCCAGCAUUAAAGGAAAUAUAAGCUUACAGAGUGGCCAUCCAAUACCAGAGUCAAAUCCCACAAUUAAUAUGAACUUCAGUAUCAGUCAGAUGGCGAUAUCUGGAAUCAAGGUCAACCGACUGGACAUGUAUGGGGAGAAAUAUAAGCCAUUCAAAGGAGUGAAGUACAUGACAAGGGCGGGAAAAUUUCAGUUCAGGACUUAAUAAUAUCAAAAUGGUGUAGAAUGGAAUCGUGCUGAAAAUGAGGACAAUGACUCACAAAGUAUGUGAACAGAUAACGGAUAUUCAGUCCAGGACGGGAAGGAAUCAGAAUUCAGCAAGGCUCUAACGACUGGAUUGACUACAAUACUACAUGUAUACUUGUUAAUGUGUUCACAGUAGUGUAGAGCAAUUCUUUGUUUUAUCUGAAGAGUAAUUUAUUGUUGUUGUUUUAAAAUUGAAGGAAAUACAUGUAAUAUGUGUACUUGAAGUAUGAAAUGAACAAUUAAACAUGCUGCA